AUGAAUGACAACACUAAUGACUUCUUGUUCAAGUUACCACAUGACAAUCACACGGAUAAUGCCAGUAACCUAGAACUUAAAAGGAAGAGAGAAAAUACGACUACAGAGAGAACAACCUUACCAGCCUCAGUAGUACCACACUUCAAAGCCUUACGCAAGCUCAGAAUCCAGGCACUUAAAGGUCAGAACCACACCGACUAUCUUCGAAAGUGCACACAAAACGGAAUUGUACCUAAAGGACUACAGGUCACUGUAAGCCCUCAAGUACCAGAAUUGAACACAGAGUUUAGUAUUGAAUGGGACAAAUGCCACAUGAAAUUCGGGUUGGACCUUACUAAAGCUCUCCUGAACUAUUGGGCUGACAGAAACACACAGUUGGCCGCGGAGAUAGAAAAGGUCAAAGAUCUAAUUAAAGCAGUAACUACACCAGACAUAUCAGAUCUGGUCUGGGAUACAACUGAACUUACACUCACACGCAUUAAGGAGUCAAGGAAAGAUAAACAAGACAAGACAGAUAAACAAACGGGAUGGAACUCACGCGCAAACACCACCGGAAAUUCAUCCCGCGGAAAAAAAUUCAGGAAAACGCGCAUAGAAAGUGAUUAUAGCGGGAUUGUAAAUUUAUCAGAUAGGGUAUUAAAUAAAGCCGAAUUAGAUGUUUUGUCCAAAGGUCUAAAUUUCUGCCCGACUCCAGGGGCACCACAAUUAGAUAACAUACUCACUCACACCUACCUUUUUAACCGAAGGGUACGCAUCAACCAUUUCUUCAAGGAUACACCAGAACAAGAGAGAAGCCCGUUCCGCAGAACAUCCGGCUGGACUCCACCGGCAGGAAAUGAUACUUUUCUAGAUACUUUUCUCAACAUAGUCACAGAAAGUAUACACGAUCACCGGAUUUGGAAACCACACAGAAGCAACCUUUCCAAUAAGGAAAAGGAUGCCCUCAAAUCACUGAGUAAUGAUGGAAACAUCGUCAUAAAACCAGCGGAUAAGGGUGGCGCUAUAGUCAUCCUUAACAAAGAGGACUACAUGCAAGAGAUACACAGGCAAAUACAUGAUAGUACUCACUAUGAGAAAGUCAAAUCAGAUCUAAACCCAUCAGUCACAAAAAAGAUUACCGGUUUUCUUAAGUUCAUAAAAGAUAGAGAGCUAUUAACCGACACUGAAAUCAAAUACUUAACGCCAAGAAACCCCCGAACCCCGAUAUUUUAUACGCUACCUAAAAUACACAAAGCAGGUAAUCCGGGAAGACCCAUAGUAUCGCAAAUAGGUAGUUGCACAGAAAAGAUAUCAGAAUUUGUAGAUCACCAUCUUAAACCACUAGCCAUGAAAACAGACUCAUAUUUGAAAGAUAGCAAUGAUUUCCUACGAAGAAUAAUAAACUUAGGCCAACUACAGACGGGGAGUAUACUAUGUACAGCGGACGUAUCUUCGCUGUACACAUCUAUCCCACACACAGAAGGAAUUAGGGCAGUGAAAUUAGCCUUAGAUGGGAGAGGUCCGCAGGCACAACCCAGCACGUGGAUCCUCCUUCGGAUGAUUGCAUUAAUAUUAACAAACAACUGUUUUAGGUUCAACACGGACUAUUAUUUGCAGAAACUAGGUACCGCCAUGGGGACCAAGAUGGCACCUAACUAUGCAAUAAUUUUCAUGGAUUACAUUGAGAAGAAAUUCCUAGCCACACAAGGAAAAAUACCACUAGUUUGGUGGAGAUAUAUAGAUGACAUUUUCUUUAUAUGGACACAUACAAGAGAGGAACUUGCCUCCUUUUGUGAAGCCAUGAACUCAAACCACCCAACAAUUAAGUUCACCUUUGAUAUCAGUGAUACCGAGGUCAACUUCUUAGACACCACUAUAUACAAACUACCGGACGGCAACUUGGGAAGCAAACUGUAUAACAAACCCACUAAUGCGUUUUUAUACUUGCACUACCACAGCUGUCACCCCAAACGUUCCAAAACCAGUAUCCCAUACUCACAAGCAUUAAGAAUCAAGAAAAUAUGCAGUGACCCAAACCACUUCGAACAGGAAUGCUCCAACCUAGUAGGGAGAUUCAGAAAAAGAGGAUACCCGCUUAACCUACUGACCGAGGCAGUCAAUAAAGCACGAGCCGUGUCUAGGGAAGAAUUAUUAAACCCGGAAAUGAAAGAGAACAGCCGCAAGGUAAUACCUUUCGUCAUCCCGCAUAACCCAGCAAACCCACCGAUUGGAUUAUUACUAAAGAAAUACAAACAUAUCUUAGGACAGGGCCCGGGAACCAGGGGCCUGUUGAAUUACAAAAUGAUAAUGGCCUACACCAAACCCAAGUCCAUCAGGAAUAUAUUAGUGAAAAGCGAUAUCUGCCGUGACUCUAUCCGACCGGGCAGUGGUCCGUGCGGAAAAAACUGCAGAAUAUGUGCGCAUAUGAAACCCACUAUCCACUUCACAAGUCACACUACCAGAUCAGAAUAUAAAGUACAGGGACAGAUCACAUGCCAAAGUGUGAACGCGGUGUACCUAAUAUCAUGUAAAAAAUGCGGUAUGCAGUAUGUCGGACAAACAUCGACGACGAUAAAUACACGCAUCCGCAAUCAUCUGUAUAGCAUCAUUAACAAACACCCAGACAAGCCGGUGGCGGGACAUUUCACGUCGCCAGGUCACAGUACCAGUGACGUCAUAGUCACCGGUCUGUUAUCGAACGUCAGUGAUAACAACCGUCGCCUGAGAAUUGAAGAGAGUUGGAUCAGGAUAUUGAGAACAACGCAGCCAGAAGGUCUUAAUAUUAUAUCGUGA